GUUUUCAAGGAAAAAAGAGCGGAAGAUAACCACUGUGUGAUAACCAGGGAAAGAAAAGAAGACUAGGUCUUAACAUUGUAAAGCUGAUUUUCUCCAUGCACGCCUCAACUGGUUAAUUGGUCUUUAUGCAACAGAGCAGUACGUUUCUUAGAUCGGCUUGCUGAUGCUCAAAUAGGCGUGUUUUAUUGAAUUAUGGCAAGGAAAACAGGGAUUUUUCGCAGGCUUGCUGCUCGAGUAUUUGCUAUCGGCUUGCUCAUUUUGCAGGGAGCAAUCCUAGACUAUUAUUUAAUAGUUGAAGAAAGCUCUUCGUGGUUCGCAUGGAUCGUAACAGAGGUCAUCGUUCUCUUCACCUGGGUGUUUACGAUGUGGAUAUCGCAACGAAACCGGCGAAAAUUUGGGAAGCCGAGCGAGUCCAUGGAUGAGAUCAAGUUUGCCUAUCUCGCCUGGAUUGUCUAUGCUGCUCAUUUAGUGCCACAAGUAGCCACUUUAUUCAAGCGCAAGGCGUCUCUAUUGGAAGAGAAGCGGCAUAUUUUUGGACCAAACAUGUUAAAAAUGAAUUUGUGUCUGACACCGAUGUUGUUUUUAUUUCUCAUAUACGCGCAUCACGACGCCAAACCGCACUCACGGCGAAAAUACUACUUGGAGAAAAUGACGGCCGCUGUUACGCUGGAUUUAUUUGACAGCGUGGAAAUGCUGGAGUAUCUUUUCGACAAGGAUAAGAUUACAAUUGAGUUGGAAAAUGCAAUCCUUGCUUUCUCCUGCAUGAAUAUUUUCCUUCCAACCUUUGCCUUAUUUGAGCUGAAGUAUAACAAGUUUCACGAAAGUGGCGAGAUUUCUCCCAUCUCGUUCAAGUUUAUUUACAUUUGCAGUUUCAUGUUUUUCGUCAACGUUCCUUUCUUGGUUUUAAGGCUAAUAUUAUGGCAUGGAUACCAUCUAGAUGUCUCAGUUCUACUGGCGAAAAAUGCUCUGGCGAUCGUGAUGGGAAUGAUCGAGAUCAUGGAGUUCUUUGGCGAGCAGAGGCCGAGGAGAUGCGAGUUCUGUUCAAAGACUUUUGCCAAAGUGUUUUUCAAAUCGCACCUCAAAACGUGCUCGCCUGAGGGAAAUUUUGAAAUGAUUGCCGAAGGUGAAACGGGAAAUGGAAUUUUAGGACAGAAUACCCUUCAAGAGCCGCUUAAACUGAAUGAUACCAUGCACAAUGAUAGUUUUCCCGUGGCUGAUCAAAUUUCACCAACCACAUUGAAAACGUAUGUUUGAUUUAUAGUUAUUAAUAUGAGCUUGAAAAUUACUGAAAAAACCACUCGACUCCCAGACGUAGUAGACGGAUUAGGGUUAAACUAGAAAAGAAGAAACUUCAAAUGGAACAAUUAAUUUUAUUUUCAAUAUGUGAGAGACUGGCAUAUUUACUGAGGGAAGGAAAAUUGGAAAUUGAUCUUUGCCAUU